AUGUCGCCUCACACGAGCGCAGACUGGCGAGAUAAUCAGCUGAAGGCACACUGGUUCUCCUCCCAAGAUAAAAGGGGGGAUCUGAUGAUCCUCUGCAAUCGUUACGUGACUGCUUCCUUUCUAUGGACCGAACAACCGAGGGUUCCGAACGUUAUAGCGACUUACCGCUGCUUUAUCUUGUGCCCUUGGCGUCUGUCGUUGAGCUCAUCGUCUGACCCAUGA